AUGGCUGAAUAGGAUGAAUAUUCUUAAUCAUAACGUAUUGGUUAUACAUUAAUUCAGCAUUCAAAAUCAGAAAUAAGAAAGAUUUCUGAUCCAAUUUAUGAUUUCAUUUAUUUUGAUCAAGCUAUUUGGAAAGUGAUUGACAAUCCUAUUUAUUAAAGAUUAAGAAAUAUCAAAUAGUUAGGUACUACCAGCUGGGUAUUUUAGGGAGCAAAUCAUACUAGAUUUGAACAUUGUUUAGGAGUUGGACAUUUAGCACAAUAAUUCAUAUCUUCAAUAUAUAACAAUUAACCAUAUUUGGAUAGCGAAGAAGAUAAAAAAAGAAAUAUAAAAUUGAUUACAAUAGCUGGAAUUGUUCAUGAUCUUGGUCAUGGUCCAUUUAGUCAUAUGUUUGAUAAUUUAUUAAUACCUAAAAUUACAAAUACUUCAGAUUUGUGGUGUCAUGAAUAAGCAUCAGAGAUGCUUUUUGAUUAUAUGUAUGAAAAUUACAAUCUUGGAUUGGAAAAAGAUGAGGUGAAUUUUAUUAAUGCUCUUGUUCAUGGAGAUUCUAAUAAAGUUUCUAAUGGAAAAAAAUAAUGGUUUUAUGAUAUUGUUUCUAAUAAAAGAAAUGGAAUUGAUGUUGAUAGAAUUGAUUAUAUUCGUAGAGAUUGUCAUCAUCUUGGAUUCCCUCCAUCCAUUAAAGAUUUUAAGUAUCUCAUGUAAGAAUCUAGAGUUAUUGAUGACGAAAUAUGCUAUCCAUAACGAUAUGCAUUCAAUAUUUUUGAUUUAUUCAAUACUAGAUACAAACUAUUUAAAAUUGUCUAUCUUAAUAGAAUUAGCUAAUGUAUUGAAUAAAUGAUGUGUGAUAUACUCCUAUCUGUCAAUCACAUUUAUAAAUUUAAUGAGAUUAUCUUAGAACCAGAAAAAUACUAUAAGUUGAAUGAUUCCAUUAUUGAACAAAUUGAAAGUGCAGAAGGCCCCGAAUAUGCUCAUGCCUAAUCAAUCAUUAAAAGAUUGAAAACGAGAGAAUUAUAUAAAUUUGUUAGUGAAGCCUUAAUUAAAUCAUCAACUAGUCUAGAAUCAAAUGAUAAAAUUAGAGAUGAAUUAAUUACCUAUAUAUCUGCAAAUGUCUAAGUUAAAAAAGAAGAAAUCUAUGUUUCUUAAGGUAAAGUGGGAUUUGGUUCGAAUGGUGGAAACCCUUUAAAUCUUAUUAAUUUUUAUAAAGCAUCAGAUCUAAAUAUCAAAAUACCAGGAAAUGAUAAAAACACAAGCUUUUGUUUACCAAUAGAAUUUUCAGAAAAUUUUAUUAGUAUUUUUGUCUCAAAUAUUUAGAUAAUUUAACCUGUUGAAGAAGCUUUUGAAAAAUAUUGCUAAAUAAAAUUUGGUUUUAAACCUCCAAAAUAAGAAAGAUAUUAAACAACACCUUAAAAAACACCUUAAAAUUCUAUUACAGAUUUUUCUUCAGUCAAAUCAACACUAAAUCGUAAUGAUAGAUUUGAAUGA